CUGCCCCGUCACCUCCCCCCGGUGACACGGCUCCGCCCCCCCAGGCGGUAAGUACGUGCCCAGAGCCAUCCUGGUGGACCUGGAGCCGGGCACCAUGGACUCGGUGCGCUCGGGGCCCUUCGGGCAGAUCUUCCGCCCCGACAACUUCGUUUUCGGGCAGAGCGGGGCCGGCAACAACUGGGCCAAGGGCCACUACACGGAAGGGGCCGAGCUGGUGGACUCGGUGCUGGACGUGGUGCGGAAGGAGGCGGAGAGCUGCGACUGCCUGCAGGGCUUCCAGCUGACCCACUCGCUGGGGGGCGGCACGGGCUCGGGGAUGGGGACCCUCCUGAUCUCCAAGAUCCGCGAGGAAUACCCGGACCGCAUCAUGAACACGUUCAGCGUGGUGCCGUCCCCCAAGGUGUCGGACACGGUGGUGGAACCCUACAACGCCACGCUGUCGGUGCACCAGCUGGUGGAGAACACGGACGAGACCUACUGCAUCGACAACGAGGCGCUGUACGACAUCUGCUUCCGCACGCUCAAGCUGACCACCCCCACCUACGGAGACCUCAACCACCUCGUCUCGGCCACCAUGAGCGGCGUCACCACCUGCCUGCGCUUCCCCGGCCAGCUCAACGCCGACCUGCGCAAGCUGGCCGUCAACAUGGUGCCCUUCCCGCGCCUGCACUUCUUCAUGCCCGGCUUCGCCCCGCUGACGUCGCGCGGCAGCCAGCAGUACCGCGCCCUCACCGUCCCCGAGCUCACCCAGCAGGUCUUCGACGCCAAGAACAUGAUGGCGGCCUGCGACCCGCGCCACGGCCGCUACCUCACCGUGGCCGCCGUCUUCCGCGGCCGCAUGUCCAUGAAGGAGGUGGACGAGCAGAUGCUGAACGUGCAGAACAAGAACAGCUCCUACUUCGUCGAGUGGAUCCCCAACAACGUGAAGACGGCGGUGUGCGACAUCCCGCCCCGCGGCCUCAAGAUGGCCGUCACCUUCAUCGGCAACAGCACGGCCAUCCAGGAGCUGUUCAAGCGCAUCUCGGAGCAGUUCACCGCCAUGUUCCGGCGCAAGGCCUUCCUGCACUGGUACACGGGCGAGGGCAUGGACGAGAUGGAGUUCACCGAGGCCGAGAGCAACAUGAACGACCUGGUGUCGGAGUACCAGCAGUACCAGGACGCCACGGCCGAGGAGGAGGAGGAUUUCGGCGAGGAGGCCGAAGAAGAGGCCUAAGAAACGAGCCGGCCUUCGUCCUUCGCUGUCGUCACCGUCGUCGUCCUCGGAGAGCCCUCGUCUUCCCGCGUCGUCCUCGGAGAGCCCUCGUCCCGCGGCAGCGCCGACCGCUGCUCCCGGCUGCCACCGCAACCACGCUGGCCAUCGUCGUCGUCCUUCACCGUUGUCACCAUGAAGAUGUUGGCCAUCGUCGUCGUCCUUCACCGUUGUCACCGUGAAGACGUUGGCCGUCAUUAUUGUCCUUUACCAUUGUCACCAUGAAGAUGUUGGCCAUCGUCCUUGUCCUUCACCGUUGUCACCACAACCACGCUGGCCAUUGUCGUCGUCCUUCACCGUUGUCACCGUGAAGACGUUGGCCAUUGUCGUCGUCCUUCACCGUUGUCACCAUGAAGACGUUGGCCAUCGUCCUUCACCAUUGUCAGCAUUGUUGGCCAUCGUUGUCAUGGGCCUUGUCACCGUGAAGAUGUCGGCCUUGGUCAUCGUCCUUUGGCGUUGUCACCACAACCACGUUGGCCAUCAUCAGUGUCCUUCAUCGUCACCACGAAGAUGUUGGCCAUCCUCAUGGGCCUUGUCACCACGAAGACGUUGGCCAUCGUCCUCGUCCUUCGGCGUUGUCACCGUGAAGACGUUGGCUUGGUCAGCGUCAUCUUGAAGAGCUCUUGGCCAUUGUCCUCGUCCUUUGGCAACGUCACCACGAAGACAUUGGCCAUAGUCAUUGUCCUUUGGCAUUGUCACCUCGAAGACGUUGGUCAUCAUCAUUGUCCUUCACCAUUGUCACCAUGAAGAUGUUGGCCGUCGUUGUCAUUGGCCUUGUCACCACAAAGACGUUGGCCAUCAUCCUUUGCUGUUGGCACCAUGAAGACGUUGGCCACCGUCCUUUGGAGUUGUCACCUCGAAGAGCUCUUGGCCAUUGUCAUCGUCCUCGUCCUUCGGCGUUGUCACCGCAAAGAUGCUGGUCAUCGUCAUCAUCCUUGGCCGAUGUCACCGUGAAGACGUUGCCCAUUGUCAUCAUGCUUUGGCCUUGUCACCAUGAAGAUGCUGGUCGUGGUCCUUCACCAUUGUCCACA